UCAACGUCCGAACAUCUGGAUUUAUGGAGCGAAUACACCUGUCCUGUGUAGGAGCGUGAACGCCUUUCACAUGAAAACCGUUCAGGUGAAAUGGUGAAGGAUCUCAGGAUACAUUUGGAAACAUCUUUGGACACCCUUGUAAAGGAAACAUACGUUUUUACUCAUUUAUAUAUGCCAUUGAUUUAUAUCCAGAAUUCUGAUUCAAUUGUCUAAAACAGGACUACAUUUAACAAAUAGAAUAGGCUAUAAAUGGUAACAUUAUUAUUAGUAGGACUGGACUUUGCAAGACACGGAAUUUACUCAAUCGGCUGUCUCGCUAGCUGACUCACUGUGAGAAAUAGACUCGCCAGCUGGAACCAAUAACCAACUCUACAAAGUGACACAUUUGGAUACGGUGCUCUACAGUAGCCUACGUGCAUGUGUGUGUCUUUUCCGAGUGGGGAUACACCGACCGGACUACGGUAACGCGAGCUGUCCACGAGCGGGCGGCCGUACCCGCGCGCCUGCAUAAUAAAUGCCCAUCAGCCGGUCGUGCGAGGCUCUCGAGGCUGGGCGGCAAGAUGAACUCGUGGGUCCUGCUGCUGGCGGCGCUCGCCGCGGGGUGUCUGCGGUUUGGAAGCGCUGAGGGAGAUCCUCUCCCACCAUCGUUAGUAGAGCUGGUGAGAACCAGUCCCAUCUCUUCUAUAGAGGACCUGCAACAGCUGCUGGAGCAAGAGACCGACUCCCAGGAGGUGGAGCCAGAUGAACCAUCGGCCAACGAGAUUCAUUCAAAUGACACCCGUGGAAGAUACAGGAGAAACCUAGUAGAUGCCCAGCCAGCCCAGCAGGCGGUGUGUAAGGUCAGGACAGAGGUCAUGGAGGUCACCAGAGCCAUGCUUGACCGACGCAACGCCAACUUCCUGUUGUGGCCGCCGUGUGUGGAGGUGCAGCGCUGCUCUGGCUGCUGUAACACCAGAAUGCUACAGUGCGUCCCCACGGUUACUCAGACACGAUAUCUACAGGUAACAAGGAUCCAGUACAUCGAUAAGAGACCCCACUACGACAAGGCGGUGAUCUCAGUGGAAGACCACGCCUCCUGCCGCUGCCAGACACACCCCUCGGCCACAGCUGCAGCCAGGUCCACCUCCCUCCCCCCUCCUCCCCCCCGACUCACCCCCAAACCCCCCUCCCUCUCCAAGGAAGACCUCCAUCGCCAUGACAAUAUGAAGGCCAAUCAGAGGUUCCAUGUGGAUGACAGGGGGCAGCUGGAGAGACAGUGGCAGAACAAGUACACCCUGUCACACACACAGCCACGGACACACACACAGACACACCCAAUGGCAGGGGCAGGGACGCAGGUAGGGACACACACACACACACAGCCACGGACACACACGCAGACACACCCAAUGGCAGGGUCAGGGACGCAGGUAGGAACACACACAGAUACACACACACAGAUGGGUCCCUCUCAUGAGCUCCCUAUAGGGCAUGGCAGUGGGUAUGAGGGGGGGAGAGGGGAGGAGAGAGGGUCACAAACACCCCACCGCACACACACUGACACACAGCCCAACACAGGAGAGAGGCAACACAUUGACAACACAGAGAGGACACAGGAGAUAGGAAGACAGCAACAACUACAACAGUACUACCAACAACAACAAUAUCUACAACAACAGCGACAAUAUCAACAACAACAACAACAGCAACAACAGCAACAUCAACAACAUCAACAACAACAGUACCAACCAUACAGCCAAGAGCCAGAGCUCAGGACUCAAUACAAACACAACGCUCCCCAAUCCGACAGCAGCGGACCACCUGACACAAAACAACCGGCCAAUCACAAACCAGAACUGGUCCACAGCAACACAGAACCGACCGAUGAUAAUGACUCAAGCACAGAGGUGGCCAAUAGAGACGCUCUAAAGGAUACAGAGGUCACCAGUCAGGGACAGGCAGUGACAGAAGUGACCAAUCACGGAAAGGAGGAUGAUAAAGAGCGACACAGCCAGACAGAGCUGUCCAAUCAGGAACAAAAACACUCAGAGUCGACCAAUCAGGGUGACUCUGUCACAGAGGAGGAGAGCAGGAAGAAACUUCUAGAACUCUUACAGCGAGAACUGGGCCAGAAACAACAGCAUCAUCCUCCUCAUCCUCAUCUUCCUCAUCAAGACCAUCAUCAUCCUCACCAUCGUCAGUCUCGAACACAAACCACCACCACACAAAGACCAGUGCCGCCCACGUUGUCCUCCAGCAGGGCCCCAGGGUGGUCCCCCAGCACCCCGUCCCCUCCCCCCAAGCCUCCCCAGGGCCCGUUCAGACCGGCCCUUCCCCGCGGACGCAGGAGGAGGAAACACCGGAGCCGCAUCAGCAAGGCUGCCCUCCGAACCAUGAUCAUGUAGAGAGAGAUGGCAACUGGGUCGACUGUGUUUGCUGGGCCCACCCAGGGUCGUGUUCAUUAGGCACCAAACGGAAGAAAACGUACUGAAACAGGGACACAAACAACAUGGAAUAAACCCUAAUUUCUUGUUUUAUAAAACGUUGUGUGCCCUAAUGAAUACUGAGGGAUACUGCCUGGCUAUGGAACCUCAAGAUGGACACUGGAGACUGGCCAGCACUUCUGGACUCUACUGCUGGUUAUGGAACCUCAAGAUGGACACUGGAGACUGGCCAGCACUUCUGGACUCUACUGCUGGUUAUGGAACCUCAAGAUGGACACUGGAGACUGGCCAGCACUUCUGGACUCUACUGCUGGUUAUGGAACCUCAAGAUGGACACUGGAGACUGGGCAGCACUUCUGGACUCUACUGCUGGCUAUGCUAACAGACAUUACUGCAGGCUGUGUCAAUCUUUGCACCCCAGAAUGUAGCAUGUAGCAUCUUUCUAUAAAAAAUCUGCUAGCUUUAUUUAAACCGCGAUAUCAAGACAAUGGACAAUCUCAGACAGAGACUCCUUAGAAAGGAGGUAGUUCUGGAUGUUUAACACUGGAAGUAGAGUGAUGUAACCUUUGAAAAAGGAGCUAAGCAAACUACAUCUCCCAUCAGCCAUUGGCUGGUAUAAUUCUAGCUCCGCCUACUUUGAACACUGGCUACUGAUUGGACAGUUAAGGAGGGUGUUCGGCGGAUAUUAUUAGAUUGCUUGCUGCAACAGCCAUUGAUUGGUUGAUUUAGAGGCCAUGGAACACGCCCCGCUCUGCAGCUUGACUAUGAUUGGUUGCUGAGAAUAGAACUGAAAUCUUAUAGGCCCAAAAUGGUGCUUGAGGCCAUCUAUUUCUAAGAGACAAUGCAGAGCUUGGAUGUGGAUAUUUUCACUGGAAUGUACUGGGUUGACAAUGGAAACUGUUCUCAGAUAAACUAUGUUAUCCUACUGGUGUAACUGGGAUAACUGUCCUGGGACUAUGACUGGUGUAACUGGGGAUAACUGUCCUGGGACUAUGACUGGUGUAACUGGGGAUAACUGUCCUGGGACUAUGACUGGUGUAACUGGGGAUAACUGUCCUGGGACUAUGACUGGUGUAACUGGGGAUAACUGUCCUGGGACUAUGACUGGUGUAACUGGGGAUAACUGUCCUGGGACUAUGACUGGUGUAACUGGGGAUAACUGUCCUGGGACUAUGACUGGUGUAACUGGGGAUAACUGUCCUGGGAAUAUGACUGGUGUAACUGGGGAUAACUGUCCUGGGAAUAUGACUGGUGUAACUGGGGAUAACUGUCCUGGGAAUAUGACUGGUGUAACUGGGGAUAACUGUCCUGGGACUAUGACUGGUGUAACUGGGGAUAACUGUCCUGGGACUAUGACUGGUGUAACUGGGGAUAACUGUCCUGGGAAUAUGACUGGUGUAACUGGGGAUAACUGUCCUGGGAAUAUGACUGGUGUAACUGGGGAUAACUGUCCUGGGAAUAUGACUGGUGUAACUGGGGAUAACUGUCCUGGGAAUAUGACUGGUGUAACUGGGGAUAACUGUCCUGGGAAUAUGACUGGUGUAACUGGGGAUAACUGUCCUGGGAAUAUGACUGGUGUAACUGGGAUAACUGUCCUGGGAAUAUGACUGGUGUAACUGGGAUAACUGUCCUGGGAAUAUGACUGGUGGAACUGGGAUAACUGUCCUGGGAAUAUGACUGGUGUAACUGGGAUAACUGUCCUGGGAAUAUGACUGGUAUAACUGGGAUAACUGUCCUGGGAAUAUGACUGGUGUAACUGGGGAUAACUGUCCUGGGACUAUGACUGGUGUAACUGGGGAUAACUGUCCUGGGAAUAUGACUGGUGUAACUGGGGAUAACUGUCCUGGGAAUAUGACUGGUAUAACUGGGAUAACUGUCCUGGGAAUAUGACUGGAGGAACUGGGAUAACUGUCCUGGGAAUAUGACUGGAGGAACUGGGAUAACUGUCCUGGGAAUAUGACUGGUGUAACUGGGGAUAACUGUCCUGGGAAUAUGACUGGAGGAACUGGGAUAACUGUCCUGGGAAUAUGACUGGUGGAACUGGGGAUAACUGUCCUGGGACUAUGACUGGUGUAACUGGGGAUAACUGUCCUGGGAAUAUGACUGGUGUAACUGGGAUAACUGUCCUGGGAAUAUGACUGGUAUAACUGGGGAUAACUGUCCUGGGAAUAUGACUGGUGUAACUGGGGAUAACUGUCCUGGGAAUAUGACUGGUGUAACUGGGGAUAACUGUCCUGGGAAUAUGACUGGUGUAACUGGGAUAACUGUCCUGGGAAUAUGACUGGUGUAACUGGGGAUAACUGUCCUGGGACUAUGACUGGUGUAACUGGGGAUAACUGUCCUGGGAAUAUGACUGGUGUAACUGGGGAUAACUGUCCUGGGAAUAUGACUGGUGGAACUGGGGAUAACAUGAGUAAAGGGGGAUAGAACAUAUGGAUAAUGAAGCACUGAAAGAAGAAGCUCGGUGUAGGGGGAAUGCGCCCUUAGACACUGAUCUUGGGUCAGUUUAGCAUUUUCCUUGCUAAUGGUUAAUGUUAGAAUUGGUGGAGGGGAAGCUGAUCUUAGAUCUGGAGCGAGAAGCUCAGGACACACACACACACACACAGAGACAUGUCAUUUCUACUACUACAGUAUCUUUCAAUGUUCUGUCUACAUCUGGAUCUAACCAAUCCAAACACUGGAGUAGUUACACACUGGAGCGCAGAUAGAAUUAGAAAACAUAGAGGGAGAAGUAGAGGGAGCGCAUAGAGAGCAUUUCAAUAGAACAGUUCUAGUUGUCCUAUAUCUAUUACAGAGAAAAGCAGGUAUAGAACUGGAAAACAGAGUGAAAACAUAGGAGUGUUUUGUUGAAGAGACGUUGAACAGGUCUAGCUGUUCUCUCUUUGAUAGAGUGGAGCAGAAAUAGAACUAUAAAAGGACAGCAUUUUUGCACUGGGAGAGCAGAGAAAGGAACAUAUGCCAAACGUCACCAUAGUCACCAUAGCAGGAGGCCAUAGACUACUCAGAUGACAGACACUCAACACUCAACAUCCAACACUGACUCUAUACCUUAGAUGUUUCAACUUUUUCAACAUAGCCUGGAAUGUGUGGCGGAAAUAUUUCAAGGGAAUUGUUGCUCAGUAGGUCUUCAACGUCGCCUGGGGAGUUGUGUGUUUCAGCUGUAGGGAAGUCUGUUGUCUUUGUCUUGCCAAACACGGAAGCAACAAUGUAGCGAUGUUGACUGACUCAACAGUCAAACACCCAGGUUACAAUAAGGAACUGGAGAUUUUACUGUAUAUCAGGAGAAUUGAACUCUGACCCUACGAGGUCCGGAGCCUGCUGCUUUUCUGUUCUCCCUGGUUAUGAAUAGCAGCCACCCCAGGUAUAAGUCAGUCCCUGGUUAGUGGGGAACAAAGAAAAAAAGCAGGGGAACUGGCUUUGAAGGUCCGGAUUCGAAUUUGAGAGCUGUAGGUCAUUCAUUGUGCCAUAGUGGUUAUGUCUCUCUCUUCCCCAUCCUGAGACUAGAGCAGGGCUGUCAGCAUCAGUUCCGUGGAAGGCUGUAGGUCAUUCAUUGUGCCAUAGUGGUUAUGUCUCUCUCUUCCCCAUCCUGAGACUAGAGCAGGGCUGUCAGCAUCAGUUCCGUGGAAGGCUGUAGGUCAUUCAUUGUGCCAUAGUGGUUAUGUCUCUCUCUUCCCCAUCCUGAGACUAGAGCAGGGCUGUCAGCAUCAGUUCCGUGGAAGGCUGUAGGUCAUUCAUUGUGCCAUAGUGGUUAUGUCUCUCUCUUCCCCAUCCUGAGACUAGAGCAGGGCUGUCAGCAUCAGUUCCGUGGAAGGCUGUAGGUCAUUCAUUGUGCCAUAGUGGUUAUGUCUCUCUCUUCCCCAUCCUGAGACUAGAGCAGGGCUGUCAGCAUCAGUUCCGUGGAAGGCUGUAGGUCAUUCAUUGUGCCAUAGUGGUUAUGUCUCUCUCUUCCCCAUCCUGAGACUAGAGCAGGGCUGUCAGCAUCAGUUCCGUGGAAGGCUGUAGGUCUUCAUUGUGCCAUAGUGGUUAUGUCUCUCUCUUCCCCAUCCUGAGACUAGAGCAGGGCUGUCAGCAUCAGUUCCGUGGAAGGCUGUAGGUCUUCAUUGUGCCAUAGUGGUUAUGUCUCUCUCUUCCCCAUCCUGAGACUAGAGCAGGGCUGUCAGCAUCAGUUCCGUGGAAGGUUGUAGGUCUUCUGGUUUUUCUUAUGUUCCCUUUCAUUUGUGUCCAUUUAAGAACUAGACAACCAGCUAAAGAUAAUUUCCUUACUGCUGACCUUAAUUAAUCUUUCAAGUAGAAGGGAGAACUGAAAACCCGCAGCCACUCGGCCCUCCAGGAAUUGAGUUUGUCACCCCUGGACUACCCCAGGUAUCAGGCUAGAAAUAAGACUAGCUUAGGCAGUAUGUCUCACUCCUGGUCCUAGCACUCUAGAACCAGGAUGGAGAACCACUGAGCUAAGGGAGUGGGGACAGCCAUCACCGAGGGAGGAAUAGAAUCUGGGAUGGGAUGCUUUGAAAAACAAUGUCAAACUUUUUGGAAUGGCUCUGAGAGAUAAAUGUUAUCCAACUCUGUAUGUACUGUACAUGAUUUAAACAUGGUGUUUUUUUUAUUUCUUAACUUAUUUCAGAUGGAGGAUGUGUCAUUCUCUGGUUCCUAAGUGUAAUUAUUGUUGCUGAUGAUAAUUAUUGUUGUUGUAUAUUGUUAUUGUUAAUGAAUGCUAUUUUUAAUAUAAACAUAAAGGCCAGAAUUAUAUUAAUAUAA